AUGGUGGGUGCUGCUGCGUUUCUGGCGGGUGUGUCUCGGAUGACUAUUUCCCUCGCUGUCAUUAUGUUCGAACUCACAGGCCAACUCUCUUACACCGUUCCCUCUAUGCUCGCCAUCCUAACCGCCAAAUGGGUCGCCGACGCCAUCUCCUCAGAAGGCGUCUACGACCUCGCUCAAUCCCUACUCUCUCACCCUUUCCUCGACCCAGACACCGCUCUCUCCAUCGUCCGCCGCCACAAAGCCUGCGUCGAGGUCCUCAUCCCCCCUCAGCGCACCAUGGCUGACAUUACCGUUCAUGUACCUACAAGCAAUAAAGUAGCUUUGACUCUACUGAAAGAGAAACUCGAUGCGUUGAGAGAACGAGGUCUCAUGGACGCGGGUCUUGUACUCGUGCAGAAGAAUCAUGGUGGUAUUGAAGUGCUGCAGGGCUAUAUAUCGCAGUCGGAGCUUGAAUUUGGAUUGACGAAACUCGUUCCUGGUGUGCUUAUAUCGACGCAGGAAGACGAUGUCCAGGUCAGGUUGUUAGGCCAGGAGAUUGAUGAGCCGACGAGUCCCAUGAGCUUGGAGAUGGAUUUGACGCCAUUUGUGGAUCGGACACCAUUGAGCAUCUGCGCGAAAGCGCCUCUGGAAUAUGCUGUCGAGAUGUUCUCCAAGCUGGGCUUGAGAUAUCUUAUGGUGACCAAAGAGGGCACAGGACAACUGGUGGGUGUGAUUAUCAAGAAGAGGCUCGUAGGUUACCUAGAACACCUGAGAGAACAUGGCGAAGGAGAUUAG